UCAGCUCAGACCGUCAACGCUGUUUUUCCUGCAGAUGGGAUGUUUUGUUCGUAAUUUGACAGAAAAAAAAACUUUCCAUGACUUUGUUGUCACCAACAUCACGUUUUUCAACAUCUUAUUGUGUAUUUGUUUAUUUAUUUCCAUUUUUGUCGUUUUUGUCGAGCUGCAGGCAUGCAGCAGGAGCUUCUUUUCAAAGUCCUGGUUGUCGGGGAUCUUGGAGUUGGGAAAACUUCUAUUAUCAAGCGGUACGUUCAUCAGAUCUUCUCCCAGCACUACAGAGCCACCAUCGGGGUUGACUUCGCGCUGAAGGUUCUGCAGUGGGACAGUGACACUGUGAUCCGGCUGCAGCUGUGGGACAUAGCAGGACAGGAGCGGUAUGGGAACAUGACCCGUGUCUACUACAGGGAGGCGGUGGGAGCACUGGUGGUGUUUGAUGUGACGAGGGCUUCCACGUUUGAGGCUGUGCUGAAGUGGAAGGAUGACCUGGACUCUAAGGUGACUCUGAACCAUGGGAGACCAGUUCCUGCUGUUCUGCUUGCCAACAAGUCAGACCAAAUAAUGUGUCAGCUGCCCAAACUGGACUUCUUUUGCAGGGAGAAUGGGUUUGUGGGCUGGUUUGAGACUUCUGCAAAGGACAACACAAACAUCGACGAGGCAGCGCACUGUUUGGUGGAGCACAUCAUGAACAACGAGGAGAGCUCAGUGUCAGAGCAAGAGCCCACCUCUAUCCUUCUGUCGGGAUAUACAAGCACCACAAGGAGUCCUUUAAACUGUUCUUCAUGUUUAAAAUGAUCACAUAACAUCAGUGAAGAAAGAUCUGAAAGAAAAGUUCCUUUUAUAAGUUACAUGUAGUAAGUAAGAACAUUAUUUAAAGCUGUGCUCACACUCCAAUAUAGCGGAGUAUGUAAAGUGGAGCACAAACAGCAAGAGAGUUUUGUUUUUUAUGGUUUUAUUUUGUGUUAUUUAACUAACUAGAAAAAUGUAAACACAUAAAAUAUGAACAUCCUCUGAAAGAUUGAUCUUAUAUUUAGUUUGUGAGCCAUGUGUCACAGACAAUGUGAGUUCAUGGUUUGAAUAUUUUUAUUGGUUUCUGCAAUUAACACAAUAAA